AUGCAGGGAGGCAUCAUGCAAGGAGCCACCAUGCAGGUAGGCAUCAUGCAAGGAGCCACCAUGCAGGUAGGCAUCAUGCAAGGAGGCAUCAUGCAAGGAGGCAUCAUGCAGGGAGGCAUCAUGCAGGGAGGCAUCAUGCAAGGAGGCAUCAUGCAGGGAGGCAUCCUGCAGGGAGCCAUCACGCAGGGAGGCAUCAUUCAGGGAGGCAUCAUGCAAGGAGGCAUCAUGCAGGGAGGCAUCAUGCAGGGAGGCAUCAUGCAAGGAGGCAUCAUGCAGGGAGCCAUCAUGCAGGGAGGCAUCAUGCAGGGAGGCAUCAUGCAGGGAGGCAUCAUGCAGGGAGGCAUCAUGCAAGGAGGCAUCAUGCAGGGAGGCAUCAUGCAGGGAGGCAUCAUGCAGGGAGGCAUCAUGCAGGGAGGCAUCAUGCAGGGAGGCAUCAUGCAGGGAGGCAUCAUGCAAGGAGGCAUCAUGCAGGGAGGCAUCAUGCAGGGAGGCAUCAUGCAGGGAGGCAUCAUGCAGGGAGGCAUCAUGCAGGGAGGCAUCAUGAAGGGAGGCAUCAUGAAGGGAGGCAUCAUGCAGGGAGGCAUCAUGCAGGGAGGCAUCAUGAAGGGAGGCAUCAUGCAGGGAGGCCCCACAGAGGGACUCGUGUAUGUCACAUCAGGGAGCAGAGUCUGGCUGUAA